UUUUGUUGUCUAUUUAUAUAACUGACGGUAAAAGCAAUUAUAAUAAUGAUCGUUGUGCUGAUCGUGGGGAUCAUUGUAAUGAUAAUUACAAUCCAUGUUGUGGCGAGAACCUAGUGUGCAAAGAAAUAGGAUUAGUGAAAAACUAUAUAUGCAUGGAUAAAACUGUGUUAGGAAUGUCUUGCACUAAUGAUAAAGAUUGUAGUGCGGUACUGGAUUCAAUAUGUUCAAACAAUAAAAAAUGUAUUUGUAAGCCAAAUCAUGUACAGUUAAACCCAACAACUUGUGCACCAAUGUUAGGUGAAUUCUGUGAUAAUAAUAGAAUAUGUGGAGUCAAUCAUUCUAUAUGCAUUGAUAAUCUUUGCAAAUGUAAAAUCGAUUUUUUGCCUCGAUCCCAAGUUCAAUGCUUGCCGAGAAUACUGAAGUCACAAUGUGAAAAUGACGCAAUGUGUGAUGCCAUAAAAUUUGCGAAAUGUUCAAGAAAUAAAAUUUGUACCUGUUCAUCGAAUACUCUGCUGACCAGAGAAAAUCGAUGUGCACCUAUUUUAGAUGGUUCUUGUUGGAACGAUAGUGAUUGCAUGACUAAUAAUUCAGUCUGUAUCCAUAAUAAAUGUCAAUGUAAAACCGGAUUUGUACGACGAAAUGAAAACACCUGUAAUAAAGGUCAUUUAGGUAUGUUUUGUCGAUCUGAUAAGGAAUGCAAUGAUAUAAUAGAGCAUUCAAUAUGCUUGAUAAAUAAUAAAUGCUUCUGCGAUUUUGAUUAUAUCCCAAUAAAUGGUACUAUCUGUGCACCAAUCAUUAAUAAAAAUUGUUUUUAUGAUGAUCUAUGUGCUACAAAAAAUUCGGAUUGUAUUGAAAAUAAGUGUCAAUGUAAACCUGAAUACACAUUCAGCAUUGAUAAAUGCAUACCAAAAUAUUUAAAUGAAUCCUGCGAUGAUGAUCAAGAAUGUGAAAAAAUUGAUAAUUCGAAAUGUUCGGUAAAUAAAAAAUGUGUCUGUAAACAUAAUUAUAGUCGAUUAAAUGAAACAACAUGUUGGCCAAAACUAACCGGAGUAUGUUUGUCAGAUGAACAAUGUACAGUAACUAAUUCCGUUUGUGUUAAUAAACGCUGUCAAUGUAAAUCACAUUAUCUUGCUGUAUUAAAUGAAGAGUGUCUUGCAGUUAAUUUGGGACAGAAAUGUUUGAUAAAUAGUGAUUGUCGAAAAAUAUCGCAUGCAAUAUGUUCUGAUGACUACUACUGUGUUUGUCGAUUAAAUUAUACUCAGUUCAAUGAUACAACUUGUGCUGUAAAAAUGAAGGGGUAUUGUGAAAACGAUAAACAAUGUGUAUUCGAUCAUUCUUUUUGCAAUAAUACUAAAUGCCAAUGUAAAUCUGGUUUUAUAUUACGGAAUGACAAUGAAUGUAUAUCUCAUUACAUAGGAAAGUCAUGUGCGACUAACGAAGAUUGUAAUGAGAUUCAACACGCAAAAUGUUUGGACAAAAAAAAAUGUGUUUGUAGAGAAAACAAUGUUCAGUUGGACAUAAUUACAUGCGCGCCAUUAUUGGGUAAAUUCUGUUGGAAGAAUGAAACAUGUGCCACCGAUAAUUCUAUUUGUGUUGAUAGUGAAUGUCAAUGUAAAGUUAACUACUUAGAACGAUCCAACCAAUGCUUACCAAUUUUUUCUGAGAGUUACUGCGCUAAUGAUCAAAAUUGCAUAAAAAUAAAAAAAAAUUCGUUUUGUGGAAAAAACAGAGAAUGUAUUUGUAAACAAAAUUAUUUUUCAUUAAAUGAAACUGUUUGUGCACCACUACUUAAUCAAAGCUGUCAAAACAAUGAAAUUUGUGCUACGGACAAUGCUGAAUGCGUAAAAAAUAAGUGUGCCUGUAAAGCUAAUGUCACGUCACAAUCCAAUAAUCAAUGCUUACCUAGUCAGUAUAUGCUUAAUCGUAUACAUUUGGAUCUAUCUUGUAAAGAAGAUAUUGAUUGUCGUAAAAUAAAAAAUGCAAGAUGUUCAAUAAAUAAAAAAUGUGUUUGUAAAAGUAAUCACGUUAAAUUAAACAAAAAAGUUUGUGCUCCACUUUUAGAAGAAUUUUGUUCAACUAGUCGACAAUGUGCCAUAGGAAAUUCAGAGUGUAUUGACAAUAUCUGCAAAUGCAAAAUUCAUUUUGUCCCGGUUGAUAAUAGUCUAUGUAUAUUGGUAAUACCGAGUUUUGCUACAGUCAGAAUACGUCGUAUUGCUCUGUGA